UAAUUACUUUUCUAGAAGAAUGAGAAUCAGAUGAUCGGUAUCGUCUAGUGCCUUCUCCACACACUCUCUCUAUAUAUAUAUUGGUGAUGUAGUUGACAACUGGAGAAAUCACGAAAAAACAUAAGCAGAAGAAAAAGGUUUAACAAUGGCUACCGCUGAGAAACCAGUCAUGGUGGUUGGAAUUGACGAAAGCGACCACAGCUCUUAUGCUCUACAAUGGACUCUAGACCGCUUCUUUGCUGCCUAUGCUCCCAACUUUCCAUUUAAGCUCAUUCUUGUCCACGCUAAGCCUACUCCAACCUCCGCCGUCGGUCUCGCUGGCCCUGGCGCCGCAGAGGUCUUGCCGUUUGUCGAUAGUGAUUUGAGGAGGAUCGCUGCGCGAGUCGUUGAGAAAGCUAAGGAAGUUUGCGCCAGUAAAUCGGUGAAUGAUGUUUUGGUGGAGGUUAUGGAAGGUGAUGCUCGGAAUGUCCUCUGUGAAACUGUAGAGAAACACCAUGCAUCUGUUUUGGUUGUGGGCAGUCAUGGCUAUGGAGCAAUAAAGAGGGCUGUUUUGGGCAGUGUCAGUGACUAUUGUGCUCACCAUGCUCACUGCUCUGUGAUGAUUGUGAAGAAGCCUAAAACCAAGCAUUAAGAGCUUCACUUUGCAAAUGACCAAUUUAGUAUUCGUCUAAGUUAUGAAUUGAAACUACAAUAAAUAUUUUCACAAAAUAAGCUUUGUUGUGUGCUUUUUUUUAGGAAAUUAAAGCUUUAUUAUUGCUUGUUAGCUGUUCCAGAAAAUGGGCUUGUAUUUGGAAAGACUGAAGAUGCUUUUUGUAUAUAAAAUAAUCUUUAUCUUUAUUUAGAGAUUAUUCGGGAAAGUUGAACUGAACAA